CCCUUUCCGCCCGCCCCACCCACCCCGAGAGGUGGGACUCAAGUGGGGACAUGAGGCUGUCGCUCGCCGCCGCGGUCUCCCACGGCCGCGUCUACCGCCGCCUGGGCCUCGGCCCCGAGUCUCGCAUCCACCUGCUGCGGAACUUGCUCACGGGCCUAGUGCGCCACGAACGCAUCGAGGCGUCAUGGGCACGCGUGGACGAGAUGAGGGGCUACGCGGAGAAGCUCAUCGACUAUGGAAAGCUAGGAGACACCAACGAACGAGCCAUGCGCAUGGCUGACUUCUGGCUCACGGAGAAGGACUUAAUCCCAAAGCUGUUUAAAGUACUAGCGCCUCGGUUCCAAGGUCAGAAUGGGAGCUACACAAGAAUGCUGCAGAUCCCGAAUAGUAAGGAGCAAGAUCGGGCCAAGAUGGCAGUGAUCGAAUAUAAAGGGAACUGCCUUCCUCCCCUGCCAGUGCCUCGCAGAGACAGCAACCUUACUCUCCUGAACCAGCUGCUACUAGGUCUGCAGCAGGACCUGCGCCAUAACCAGGAAGCAAGUCUCGACGGCUCCCACAGGGCUCAAACACCGAAGACUUAACUGAAGCUGGAAAGUACAAGGCUCUUGUAAUGUGUGAGAACUGGAAGCAGCAUUGUCAAGUGGACAGUGGAAACCGGGGCCAGACCUUCCUGCCAAGUCAUGGUCCUCUCUUUGCACAGUAGAUAAAUUUCUGAUGUGGA